GGUCCCAUCGCUUUCAUCCGCACCCACGCAUUCUUCAUGCUGAUUUUUUUAAUAUUCUCGGAUAAUGAUGUCGAAUAAUCCCUUAAUUUAAUUUCCAACUUCUUCCCCUUCCACAGUUCUCAUAAAGGUGUCAACUUUCCUCGGAUCCAAUCCAGCACUAACCAGAGCUAGAGAGAGAGAGAGACAGAUGAAGAUACAGUGCGACGUCUGCGGCCUGGAAGCUGCCUCCGUCCUCUGCUGCGCCGACGAGGCCGCGCUCUGCCUCGGCUGCGAUCAUCGCGUCCACUCCGCCAAUAAGCUCGCCAGCAAGCACCGCCGCGUCUCCCUUCUCCACCCCUCCUCAAAAACCCUCCCACCGUGCGACAUCUGCAAGGGGCGACGAGGCUUCGUGUUCUGUCAAGAUGACAGAGCCAUACUCUGCAAGGACUGCGACCUGCCAAUUCAUUCGGCUAAUACCAACACCAGAAAGCACAAAAGGUUUCUCCUCAGCGGCAUCAGACUGUCCACAGCACCAGUCACCUCCGCCUCCACUUACUCCUCGCUGCCCACUUCGGAGACAGAGAUGGUCUCCAGCAGCUUUACCGCCAGCAGCAGAGUCUCGGAGGAAGACACCGUGUGCAGCAGCCACAGCACCGCCACCAAAACGGCGAACAAUAACAGCGGCGGAAGCACCAUAUCUGACUACUUGAUGAACAUGCUUCCCGGAUGGCGCGUCGAUGAUUUCCUUCUCGACGAUGCCGCCGCCGCCGGCAACCUCACUGGCUACAAUUUGAUAUCGGAUCCGGCGGUGGAGACCGAGACGGCCGGAAGCAGCAGCGGGGCAUGGGCAUGGCCGGGCGGAGCGGUGACUAAGAUGGAGGAUAUCCCAGCCUGGGCGACGCCAUUCCCUGCUGCUCAGGCUACUGCUAUGGCUCAGGAGGGAUUGUAUCCGCUGCCGGAUUCCAUUGAGAGGGGUCCAAGCGGGUGGAACGAGGAAGCCUCCAUGGUUCCACAGUUGCAGUUCCAGCAUAAAAGUAAAAAGAGAUCUGUGGCAUCCCUUUGGUAUUAGCUAGUUGUUAAAGCUGCCUCUUUUGAUGGUUGGAGUGUUUUCUUUAUAGUUCUUCGCGACUUGAAGCUUUCAUCGCAACUCAAUGAGAGUUUGUUAAUCUAUUUCGGAAUAAAAAAUUUCAGGUUCUUAUCGAGAGAAUUAUCAUUUGAUGUGUGAUGUAUAAAACGAAAUUUAUACCGAAAAUGAUGAAGUUAUCUGAGGGGGAAAAACUCUUUCCGGUGGAUGCAAUUUUUUGAGCUUUUUUUCGGGCUACUGAUAGCUUUGAAAUCGGUGAACAGUCGAACGUAUCUGUAUUUAAUAAAUUUUUACUCUGAAAUUUAUUUAGCGUGAAA